AAAAAGAAAGACUACCUGGGAUCAUUCAGAGUGUCAAUAAAAAUAAGUUAGUAGCGAAAUAUCAAAAUUGCGCUCCCUCGGUGCAAAUAUUACUGGCUUUUUAUUGUAUAUCGCCGAACACGCCCCAAUCCAAAGAACAGAUCUUAUAAAUCGAUUCCAGAUUUUCUUAUCGACUUUCAUUUUCAUUGACAUCAACAUGAUCACAUCCCUUGUUGUUGUCAUCAAUUUGUUUACUCUGGAAAUUUAAUUUAUAAUUAUCGUUGUACUUACAUUUCAUUACAUCCAAAAUUUUGCAAUGUUGUGCAUACUUUGUUGUAAAUAUGCUGACAGCUGUUUAAACAUAUUUGACGAAAAUGAAAUAAAAUUGGGAAUUGCUGAUAUAAUUGGUAGACACUUUUGGUUCAAGCCAAUUCCGGAGGAGAACAUAUCGGCAGUGAUUUGCUCCGCAUGUUGGUCAAAAGUAGACGAUUUUCAUCAAUUUUAUUUGUCGGUGGAAGAAGCGCAUAACACCCUCAAUAGUAAAGUGAAAAAUGAGCCUUUUGCUGAAUUUGAUUUCAAUGAAUUGCUUGAUCCCGACCUAAGCCCCAAAAAAGAACUGACAGAAAAAGCAUAUCCAUUGGCUGAUAAAUCUCUGGACCACUCAAAUCAAAUUUUGAAAGAAUUUUGUGAGCUAGAGAUGCCCUGUUCCAUAAGAAACGAAGGCACAGAUGUUAAUAGUAAAUCGAUCAACCCAAUUCGUGAGCUGGAUGAUAAUGAAACCCUAGAUGAGGUAAUUUGCAAAAAACAAAGAAAAACAACAACAACGCUAAAGAAAACAGAAAAAAUAUUAAGAAGAGGCACGUUAUGUAGGAAGAGCAAAGAGUCUAAAAACGUAAAACAUAAGAUUCGUAAAGAGGAUAACACUAAAAAAUUGAAGGAACGAUCUGGCGUAAAAUCGAAAUUAGAAGACGAUGCUAUGGUGAAAAAAUAUAUUCCCAUGAAUUGCGAAUUGUGUCCUUUUAUCAGCGAAGACUAUUCGUCUGUGACAAAACAUUUUCGAACAGAUCACCCAAAUGUUAAUCCCUACGUAAGGUGCUGCAAUAAAAAGCUGUUUCAUCGUCAAGAUAUCGUACAUCAUGCUUAUAGGCAUGAUAAUCCAGAAUUCUUUAAGUGCAAAGAGUGCCAAAAAGUAUUUUCCGAGCAGUCAACACUAACUCGUCACAUGAUUACCGCACAUACACCGGAAGACAAACUUAAUUUCCAUUGCGAUCAAUGCUCUAAAAAGUUCUCCAAGCAAGAGAAACUGGAACUGCAUAAAAACUCACAUCUACCAAGAGAAGAAAGGCCAUUCGUAUGUGAUCAAUGUCCCAACAGUCGUUUUGCCAGUAAUGAUCUCUUGAAAGUUCACAUAUGCAUGCGACAUCGGCGUGCACCCAAUGUUUGCCAUGUUUGUGCUAAGGUCAUACGUGAUAAAGCUUCAUUCGAGAAACAUGUACGAGCACAUUUCGAAGACGGUGCCCCAAAAGCAAAAUGUCCGAUAGAAAAUUGCAAUCUUUGGCUGAAAGAUGAGGAUUAUCUUCGGCGUCACAUUCGUAGAGCUCAUACUAAUCAAGAGAAAGCAGUUACUUGUGAGAUUUGCGGUGGAGUCUAUAAAAACAAAUAUUCGCUGACAGUACACAAAGGCCGAGUUCAUUCAAAUGUGGUAUUCACUUGUGAAGUUUGCAAAAAAACCUUCAAGCGAGCCAUUUACUUACGGGAGCAUAUGACUCAACAUACUGGAGAAAUACUCUAUAAUUGUCAAUUCUGUACUCGCACUUUUAAUUCCAAAGCCAACAUGCAUGCGCAUAAAAAGAAAAUGCAUCCAGUCGAAUGGGAUAAUUGGAGAGAAAAAAAUAAAAGUUGCAGAAAAUAGUGACCACUUAGACAGCACAAAAUACAAACUAUUUUAAUCUAUGCUCUAGUUUGGUAUAUACAUUAAGACAUUAUUGUUACGUAUUAGCUUAUACUUAAGUGAAUGUGUAUCAUGUCAAUACUGUCGCAAUAACAUUUUUGAUUCAAAAUAC